AUGGAGCUUCCCAUCCUGCAUUCCCCUGCACCACCUGACCUCGCACCAUUGGCCUUGCUUGUCCAGCAACUCCUUGGUUGGGACUCGAAGAAACUCGUCAGCUCAUUUCAUUCUAACAUCUGGCCCAUUGUGGUCUUGCACGAAUUGCUCGAGGACAUUGCAAAAAACUCCCCUGCGAGUGUUGAGAUUGACCUCGCACCAGGGUGUACAAGGGUAAUAUUUAAGUGUCGUGUGAGGCGUCCAAAGAAAGUCCUUGCGGGGAUUGCAGGCCACAACAAUGAUGUGCCCAUCUGUGAUCUUGAACGAGCGACACUUCAGCUGCUUCCCACUGGAAGCUCAAAGGGUUCAGAUGAUGUGACACAAUCAACUGAGUAUAUUCGUGUAUGGCUUGCUGAUGACAUAUAUGACUGCUGGGUCCGAAUGAUGUUCCCUAUGUCUCCGGAGCCUUCCAUGUCACACGCAAUUGACCUCGAGGACAACACAAUGGAUGAUGGCCCUGCGUCGUCUGCUGCCACUGUCUCCCCCUCUUCAUAUGUGGAUAUCAUCGACCUCACCCAAGACGAAGGUGGAGACCAUGAAAUCAUUGACCUCACUAUCUGA